AUGGACAGCUUCGAUUUGGCGCUCCUGCAGGAGUGGGACCUGGAUUCUCUCUGGGGGCAAAUUUUGUUAAAGCAGCGUGGUGAUUCGCUUAUUGUACUGUUUCAAUCCAGUCUCCGUGUAUGUCGCAGUGUCUAUGAUCUUGACAGAAAUAUGCUACGCAGAAAAGAAUGGGAAAGGAGAAAUCAGGAGACCCAGCAUGAAGAUCACAUAUUUAAUGCCAGUUAUUCUCUCUUCAGUGAACCAUACAAGACAAAUAAGGGGGAUGAACUGUCUAGUCGUAUCCAGAAUACACUGGGUAACUAUGAUGAAAUGAAAGAAUUGUUGACCGAUCACUCCAAUCAAAGCCAGCUUGUUGGUGUUCAAAAGGUCUGUAUGUCACAAGGAUCUAUGAACAAAAUGGAGGAGCACUUUGCUGCUGAAACAAUGACUCAUACUCAGACUUCUAUUUGCAGUCCUCAGUCUUUACCAGUGACACUGUCUGGACAGCUAAACAAGAAUGCAAUGGGUUGGCAGAAACCUGGGCGUUCCUUAGAGAAUCAGCAGAGGGGAGGCAAACAUAGGCAUGGACUGCCAGAUUCACAGAGUAAUGAUUUCAAAAUAGCUAACCAAAAGAGCAGCUUGGAAAAGAUUACGUAUUACGUACACAGUCCUUCACCACCAUCUUCAUCCGGUACUAUUCAAGGUCCUUUAUCAUCCUUAUUUAUAGAGAACAUUCAAACACAACAGUCAAAGUUGAGCUGUGCCACAGAGACUGGAGUCCAGGUUCAAGAAAGACCAGCUAUGCAUAGCAAUGGACACUGUGUACAAAAUUUUCAUCUUGCACUUGCUUUAAAACCAAAUAUAAUUCAGCAGAAACCAACAGCUUAUGUGAGACCAAUGGAUGGUCAAGAUCAGGCUCCUGAUAAAUCUCCAAGAUUAAAGGUGCCGGAUGAAACCAGCAUGCUCUGCACCUCAUACAGAAAGAUGUCUUCUGUUAAAAAUGAAUCGGCUAGGAUCAAGUCAAAAGUAACAAAGUGUGGCAUGUCCAAACAAGAAGAGGACAGUGGGGUCGGUGAUGAUGACUGUGUUGAAGAAAUUUUACGGGAAAUGACCCACACUUGGCCUCCACCAAUUUCUGCUGUCCACACACCUGGCAAAGUGGAAAAAACCAGGUUUCUGUUCACAAACAAGGACUCCCAGCAUGUUUCUACAGGACACAGCAAUCAAAGAAAAGAUGACGCUGAGCCAAAGAAUCCUGAAGACUGUACCUUGCAUACAUCAAUGCUAGAAGAUGACCUAAAAUUAAGCAGUGAUGAAGAGGAGAAUGACCAGCAGGCAGCACAGCAAUCUGCUCUCCGGGUUCUAUCUGACAGAACCUUACUUUUUUCAUCACUGAAUUUCAUUUUGUUAGAUAGCGCCCAGUGUUCAAGUCUCAGUUCAAGUGAAUCAGAGAGCAGUUCCGAAUCUGAUUCAGAGACUGAAAGCAGUUCCACAGAAAGCAACUGCAACAAGCAAUCACAUUAUUCCAGCCCAGAGCCUGAACAGCCAUCUCCUAACAAGUGGCAGUUGGAUAAAUGGUUAAAUAAGGUUAAUCCUCAUAAAGCUUCUGCUUUGAACCAAAAUGGAUUGGAGGUCUUUCAGUAUUACAGCAAACUAAAAGAAGAAAGGCAAGACAGUGAAAAUGUACCUCCCGUUGGCCAAGCCAGUCUCCAGGAAAAAGAUAUUAAGAAUUUUAGUAAAGAGGAACUGAGAUCUAGGACAGCUAACUUAGCCCCAGGGCAUAGAGGAGGAAAGCAAAAACCACUUCCUUCUGCUGCUACAAAGUCAGUAUCUAAAAAACAGCCAAGAAGGACAGAGAGUAGCCUGGCUGGUGAUAACUUAAACAACCAUGCAGCUGACAAUCUUGAUUUGAACCAAAUUCAUUUGGCAAAUAAUAACAUUUGUAAUCAGCCCAAGACUAGGCCUUGUAGCAACAACAUUGAACAACAAAAAGAACCACAGUCUGUUACUGCUUCUGAAAAGAGACGCACAAGAGGCUCAGGGAAAACAGCGCCCAAGUCCAAGGAAUUUAUUGAGACGGAAUCUUCAUCUUCAACUUCAUCUGACACAGAUUCCCAGUCUGAACAAGAGGAGUGUCCUUCACCCAAACUGCAGACUGCAGCUUCAGCAUCAGCUGGAAGUGAACAGAAACAAAAGAAUUCUAGCAAUAAUGGUUGCAAAACAAACAAUAAUUGUGGUGCGUUUGGUUCCAUCAACACCAGAACUAGCAAUGAUAUAGCAAAAGAGCUGGAAGAACAGUUCUACACACUGGUUCCUUUUGGUAGGAAUGAGCUUUUGUCUCCUCUAAAAGAUACUGAUGAUGUCAAAGCACUUUGGGUCAAAAUUGAUUUGACUCUGCUCUCCAGAAUCCCUCAGCAAUUACUUGAGGAGCCGCUGAUCAUGAAUACAGGAGUUAAAGAAGCCAUACAAAUGCAACAUAAUAUUGCUGCUGACCUGCCAGCGGAAAAAGUGGUUCCUAAAUCCAGAAGAAAACGAAAGUAUGAAAAUCAGGAUGAAAACAGAGAGACUAAGAAGAUUCACACUGAGCAAGAAUGUUUCUCCAAUUUACUUCCUUCAGCCCAAGUUAUUUCUUCACCAAACCAUUUCAAAAUCAUUAAAAAAAGUUUGGCAACAUCAAUAAAUAAAAAUGAGAAAGUGCUUCAGUCACCUAGUUCUCCCUUCUCUGAUGCAUCAAAGUAUAAUUUCUGUAAUGAUGGUUUAACUUCUAGCAAGACAAAUGGUAGCAACCCUUCGUCUUCCACAAGCUCAAGAAGAAAACACAAGAAUGAGAUUAGAUCAUAUCUACAUCCUGGAGAUUUCAGUAAAGCCAUGUAUAUCAAUUCAGAAAAUACUCUGUUCUGCAACAAGACACAGUGCCAAAAAGAACCAUGGUCAUCUAUAUUGACUGUGCCCAAAACCUAUAGGAAAUCAAAACUCAUAGUUAAUGAUGGACUGCACAAUUUAGAUUAUUUUAUGCAGGAAGCCAAAAGAAAAAAGCAUAAAGCGGAUGCAAUG